AAUAGAUUAUUCAAAUGUGAUCAUUACCACAUAUAAUUCUAUUAUAAUAUAAAUUUUUAAUGGUUUAGUUAUGUUUAGUAGGUAUAUAAUUUGUAUUUUAAAAUUUUAAGUACUCAUUUGGUCCUUACUUUGGUUUAUAUUUUUUUUAUGUUCGAUUAUUUAUGAAAUUCAGCUUAAUUUUGAUUUUUUUUCUCAGUUUGGUACGGUACAGUGUACUCGGGUAAAUGUACUCAAACCUAUACAUUAUCUCUUAUAUAAGAAGAAUUUAUUUAAUUUCAAAAAUAAAUCCGCACUUUCUAAGCGCAGAUUAAAAUCUAGUAUAUUAUUAUUUGUUGUCAAUUGUGAAACUAACAUGUGCAGAUUUAUUGCAAGAUUUCGGAGACUUCAUGUGAAUGUAAAACUUCUCUGGAAGUAUUUUUUAGAUAAGUCAAAAUUUUCUGUGGUCAGUUAAAAAAUUAACUUGUUUAUUAGAAAAGAAUUUUAAAAAAAUCUACUCUAUUUUUUUUGUUACAAAAAAGAUUAAUUGCAAAACUAAUCUAUGAAUUAACCAGAAAACUUUUAAAGAAGUCUUCUAUGAAAACACAUAAAAUAGUCAAUUUCAAAACUAAUCUAUGAAUUGACAAGAAGACUUCUUCGCAAACAGAUCUGAAAAAAAUUCAAAUAUCAUUCUUAGAUUCGGUGAGAUUCACGCUUAGCUUCGCGAAACAUAUUGGAAAAAAUUGUAAAACUUUACUUAAUAUAAAGAAAAAAUAAAAAUUAUGCGUAUCGUUUAAUCAUUCGUUUCAUUCAAAUAUAAAAUCGAUGAAAAUAUAAUAAAAAUAUUAAUAACAAUGUAGUAGCAAUUAAUACACAUCAAACAAUUUAUAUAUAUGCUUUUUCAUUUACAUAUAUGAACAAAAAAAAAUCUAAAGAGUAUUAUUUAAAAGGUAUAAUCUAUAAAAAUUUAAAUAGAAAAAUAUAAAACCAUGUUUUGCAUACAUUUUUAUAAUGUAUAUAAAUAAAUUAUAUUAAUUAAUUUAAAAUUAUUAUAAACUAAAAAUAAAUUAUUAACAUAGAUUCGCCUGUAGCGCUAAUAAAUUCAGCAAGAUAAUACUGGACAAUUCACAUAACCCUGAAACAACUAUGAAAGACUGAUUUUGCAAAUAUUGUGUACUGAGGUAUUGAUUUCAAAUAUUAGGAAGGCGGAGAGAGGGAAACAAUUAACAGGGAUUAAAGUAUCCAGAGCAUUUCCAUCGAUUUCACAUUUGUUUUUUAUGGAUUAUAGCUUGUUUUUCUGCAAGGCUCAAAAGGAAGAAUGUCACACUAUUCUCAGGAUUUUAAAGGGGGAUGGGAUCUUAUUUAGGAUUACCGGAAAAUCUUGGGGGAUCCAAGAUUCAAAUUUUCAGCUUUGUGCAGGAUCGUCUAAAUAACAAGGUCAAUGGUUGGAUUUUUAAGUUUUUCACAAAAUGAGGCAAGGAAGUGAUUAUUAAAUCACAAUUGCCGAAUCAUACGAUGUCGUGUUACCGUUUACCUAAGGCAAUUACAAAACAAUUGACGAGUGCGGUAGCACAAUUCUGGUGGAGUCAUGGGGGCAGUUUAAGAGGUAUGCAUUGGAAAUCAUGGGACAAAAUCUGCGUCAGUAAGGAAGACGGGGGUUUAGGUUUUAAGGAUAUAACUGACUUCAAUACCGCAAUGCUUGGUAAGCAGUUAUGGAGGCUGAUAGAAAAGCCAAACACUUUAUUCUCUUGAGUUUUCAAGGGGAGGUAUUUUCGGCAUGCCUCACCUCUUGAACCGAUCCGUUCAUACUCUCUGUCAUAUGGCUGGAGGAGUAUUGUAUCUGCUAGAUCUCUGGUAAGCAAAUGACUAAUCAAACGGGUGGGAACAUGAUCUUCUAUAUCUGUAUGGAACGAUCCUUGGCUCCCAACCACUCGCCCGAGACCAGCCAAUAAAAAUCAACAUAAUUUGUAUCCCGAUCUCACAGUGGAGUCACUUAUUGAUCCCACUUCGCGAAGAUGGAAUUUACAGGCCCUAUGAGAUUUGGUAGACCCUCAGGAUGUGAAAAUUAUAGAAAGUAUACCACUGAGCAGAAAUCAGAUGGUCGAUAGAGAAGGAUGACAUUUCACAAACAAUGGAAAAUUUACGGUCAAAUCAGGAUACCAAGUGGAGCGGAUCUAUCCGGAUAGGGAACGACCACCAUUAUUGAUGGGACCAACAGUUGAUGUUUUGAAGGCAUUUUGUUGGAAAAUUCGGUGUCCACCAAAAAUAAAACAUUUUCUUUGGCAAUUGGUUUCAGGGUGUGUGGCAGUUAAGAAGAAUCUGAAGGCGCGAGGGAUGCAAGGUGAGAUAUGUUGUGCAAGAUGUGGAGCAGAGGAGGAGUCGAUUAAUCAUGUAUUUUUUUGAAUGUCCCCCAGCAGUUCAGGUUUGGGCUCUUUCAAAGAUCCCAACAAAUCCAGCCAUUUUCCCAACGAGUUCUCUUUUUACGAAUAUGGAUCAUCUUUUUUGGCGGGUUGUCCCACAGAUGGAGGAUCAUUAGUUUGCUUGGAUACUAUGGUAUAUUUGGAAAGGAAGAAAUAAUAAGGUUUUUAGUAAUUUGGAUAUGGAUCCUAAGGAUACUCUUAAGUUGGCACAAACGAAAUCUACACUCUGGGCAGAGGCACAACUUUUGAAUGAACAGAAAACGGGAACACAGGUACAAGUUACGUGUCUUCUGUCAAUUCCCGGUCGAUAGUGUUUUACAGAUGGUUCAUGGAAAGAGAGUGAUAUUUUCUCUGGUCAGGGUUGGUUCAGUACUUAAGAAGGAUUUGAGGGACUGUUGGGAGAAAGGAAUGUACGGGCUACUCUAACUCCCUUGCAUACAGAGAUAGAGACGCUACUAUAGGCUAUGGAAUAUAUGAGAAACUUACGACAAUUUCAGGUUACGUUUGCAACGGAUUGUUCUCAAUUGGUGAAGAUGGUUUCAGAACCAGAAGAAUGGCCAGCUUUUGCAAGUUAUUUGGAAGAUAUUAAGAAUCUGAAAGAGAGUUUCAUACGAUUAGAGAUUAUUCAUGUGCUAAGAGCGCAAAAUACGAAGGCGGAUAAACUAGCACGCAGUGUCAGGAUACAACCGUCUUUCGUCGUUCACAUGGAUCAACAUCUUCCAGUUUGGUUUACAGGGUCAAUAUGAAUCUGUAAUGUUGUUGACAAAAAAAAACUGAUUUUGUAAGGUGUACCGAAACAACAAUAAAUCCGUCAUCCCGAGGAUGGGCGGUGGUACAACUGGAAAUUUUCAAAACAAUGAGGAAGUAACUGUUAGACAAUGAUUGCAGAGUUUUCUUUAGACAUAGAGAACGCUUAAUAUUAUUUCAGGGAUGGUUAAAGUAACAUGAAACAUCCAUUCGAUUGAAAUUACGACGCUACUGAUAUUACAGAAAUCAACAAUUCAUUGUUCUCUAAAGCAUUGAUGAGUCAAUUAUUCAUGUGAUGAAGGUCACUUAUAUAUUUUUCUUUUUUUACAAAAUUGUAAAUAUCUUUACUUAAAUAAAGGUUUGUGUGGAUCAUUAAACGCACAUAUUUGUAUGUAUCACACUAGAGAAAAAAACGUAUCUGUAAAUAAAACAUCAGAGGAAAAAAAAAAGAAUUACGGCACAAACUCUUUAGAACAACAACGAUUAAUCAUCUUCAAAUCGACAAAAAUAAAUUGUAUUGAUGAUAAAUAAAGUUUUUCCUCAACGGCAAACGCCAUGUAUAAUUAAUUCAAAAGGAAAAGGUUAACUUUUUAAGCUAAUCACUCCAGAAUUUCAUAGUUUACUUGGAAGAAAAAUAGAGUUUUCCAAGCGAGCUCUUUUUGCAAGGAUGUCCGCUCUUACAUUACGCUUUCUAGCGAUGAUGAAAGAAAUAGAAAAAUCAGUAAAAGAUGAUAAUUGUAGAUCCUAAAAUUCACACUAAGUAUUUGAUAGUGAUCGAGAGUUUAAUUUGUAAAAAAAAAUGUGAUAUAGACAACAAUAUCUUUAGAACACAACGAUGUAAUCAUAUUCCAGUAGGCAAAGAUGGAUUUUAUUGAUGAACAAGGUCGAAUACAAUGAAUGAAAUGAGAUCGAACGUUACAAACGAGAUCGAUAAGAGAAAAGACUUAAAGCUAGGUGAAAACAAGGUUGAUGUGUGUGUGUAACUCUCUCUAGGGUUUUCAACGUGUCUUUCUUUGUCUCCGGUCAAUCUCUUCUUAUAGUGGAGUGACUCCGCGAUCUCCAUAACUGCUCCGUGAUCUCCGGUUCUUCGAAUCGAUCUCUUCUUGCUCGUCGGAGUUGGGCUUCUUCAUUGGUCACGCGAUCCAAGUCACUUAGGCCCAAUUACCUAGUUGACUGAAAUUGGGUCGAAAAAUAAUAUGUGAAUGAAUUCAUUCCAUGCUGAAGCCAUAGCCGAUCAAUCUUCUUCAUCGUUCAUCAGCUUAACAAGCUCAAUGCAGUCCGAUUCAAAGGACAUAGAUGUCAAUUCUAGCUGCAAGGAGCUUCUCAUUGCAAAAAGCAACAGAGUGAACUCUGCAUGCAAAGGAGAGAGAACCUGGUCCAUACCGAUGGAACUAUAUAUGUGUUCUUGCCAGAUCAAAAACAAAACCUCUUCCAGAAACUGUCAAUUUUGUCACCCCAGGAUUAAUCCACUUGGCAUAAUUGGGUUACAUGAAAAAUUGGUGAUAACAAGAAUCAAAAUAUAAUCGUUAAGGACAAAUAACUAAGAGAUGUCGAUUUGUUUAUGGAGAGCUUGAUGUUUAAGUCGGUUUUUGCGUGUAUGAACAUUUGUCUUUUCGUGUCGUCUUCCUCCUUUUAUACUCACCUCUACCGUUUUCAUCUCUGAUAUCUCCUCCCCCCCCACCCCCCCCCCCCACCCCCCCCCACUUGCUCGCUUGAUCCACCUGAUCUGGGAAUUGUUCUCGUCCUUGUUACUGUGAAUAUUGGGAUUGUUCGAGUAUUCGUUGAUUGAUUUCAGUUUGAGGGGGAUUCAUUUUGUCGACUUCCUAUUCUAUAUUCUCCCAGGUCGAAGCCAAAAAUUUUAGGAACGACCUCACACAUUCUUCGUGCCAAUUCAGGAUUUGGACCUAACUGUUUUGUUAUAAGAUUAGUUGAAACAACACUCUGCUUAACAUUUUGGUUAUAAGAUUAGUUGAAACCACAAUCUUCUUAUUUUACUAUGAAAGACCAAAGAGAACAAGAUAAUAGCUUAGACGAGCCAUUCAUACGAGCACUCACCCAAAGAUGACUCCAAGCAGCUUCAAUGGAAGUGACUGCCUCCCAUCCUAGAACACUACAUGAGGAGGACGCCGAGAAGCAGACCCAGUUAACAUGGUUGAAGACGAAAGUGCUAACCCGAUGUGCCGCCAUUGAAAGUACAGAUCAUGAGAUAACUCUGAUCAAGUGCAUACAGUAAUAUACUCCUCAUCCAGCCACACGAUACUAGGGAAGAUGUCAGGGGAUUCGGUGGAGAUGUCGAGAAUAACAAAAAAAGCUUACAACAUGUGCAAUGACUAGAGAAGUGAGAACCAUUGAUCAAGAGAUCUGCCUUCAAGCCAAAACGCAAUGUCAACGGGUUGUCCUCAAAACCUUAAGAAUCAACAUCGAGAGCAAGAAGGAAAGCCCUAAGCGUUCAUCGUACGCCAUGGUUGUUGUUCCCAUUCAUUUUAAGUGACUUAUAACACAUGAAAUAUACUCUAAAUUCAUAGGGGGGAAAGGCCAGAGACUUCGUUCAAAUAGGGGGUGAGUUUCUCUAUGAACUAAGGAAACAAAAGUCUUCAAUGGUGAGCCUCACCUCCAUUGCAUUCCUGUUGUUUUUAGUUAGUAUUGUUUUAUCUAAAAAAUUCUAAUCUAAUUGGAUUUUCCUUGAGUUUUAAGAAAACACAUAUAUGUUUUGUCGUUCUUUAUUCCAAUUAAUCAAAAGAAGUAGUAUAUUUACUUCAAAUGUGGCUUGGAAUUUGAUUAGUAUGCAAGUAGAUGAACUCUUUUCAGCGGCCAACACACUCAAAGGAUCAGGUCAGAAUUACGUGCAAACCAUUUUAUCUGUCUCCAUCAAACAUCCUAAAAUUGAAAGGUCAAAUCGUUUAUUUUAUCUUUAGCUCCUCAUUUUAUUUCAGGAUCCUCGCAUCUACGCACACGUGUAACGUGAUACUGAUAGUAACCGCAUGUCAAAAUCUCAAGUCAGAAAACAGAACCGACAAACAUGUAAGUAACAACUUUCUCCACGCGGCCAUGAACGUGCUUCCCAUUUUCUCUUAUCUUUUCCUACUACAUAUAUAUAUCUAUCAUCUGCCCAUUUUUUACCCGGAAAAUUAACAAACCAAACUUCAAAACAUCCAAUCUAGAUAUGCCUCCUCCAGCAAUGCUAGCGUUUGAUGAUGGUUUAGACAACGAGUGGAAGGGUUUCACGGUUUUCCCAGGAGAAAACCUUAGCCCUAACCCUAAACCUAAUUUCAACUUCUUGGCGAAGAAGGCAAUUAUGGACAGCGAGAAAUCAACCGGUCCUAUGCUCUCCCAUUCUUCGGCAACAGACGACAGCUUCAGAAUCGUGUUGCCGCCGGCGAUGCCUCCACCUAGAGACUCAGCCGUUCCGCUUCCUAUGCUCCCUGAGCCAAUAAGAAUCCAAAAGAAACUUGGCCGCCAAGAAUCAUUCCAUUUCAUGAGGAAAUCUCGCUACUCGGAGAAAAUCCUCUACAAGGAAGAAGAUUUCAAAUGCAACGUCUUCUGCUUGGCUCUACCUGGAUUCGGUAAACACAAGCCGGUUAGAUCUUCUUCCAAACGCCAAGAUUCUAUGGAGAAGAAGAUGAUGAGAACGUCUUCCUUCACCUACUCCACUGUUUCGAUACGCGCCUCGCUGGAGAAGUUCGAAUGCAGUUCUUGGGCAUCAACCACGGCCCUAACGCAAGAUCACGGUCGUAUGUAUUUCGAUUUCCCCGUGGAGAUGAUGAAGUGCAACAGCCGUGGAAACGGAGGUAGAGAUGUGCAAGAACCGGUGACUUCUGGUUUCUUGUUCGAUAGAGAGACAGAGACUAUGGCUCUUAGAAGUGUUUUGAAGACGAGGAGUUCACGGUCGUCGGGAAGAGAUCACCAAAGAUCGACUGAGACUUCCCCACUACGCCGUGUGAGAUUUUCAGAUUCUUCUUCGGCGUCGGUCUCGUGCCCUACUUCGCCGCGAUCUUGUAUCACCCCUCGAUUGCGUAAGGCUAGGGAUGAUUUUAAUACCUUCUUGUCUGCUCAAAACGCUUGAGAAACGAAAAACCGACACCAAGAAUUUUUUUUUUUAAUAUGAAAAUAUGUUACCUGUAUAUCAUAUAUGUAUGUACGUAAUGUAUCUACGGAUGCUGUGUAAAUAUCUAUCACGAGAGAUUGAGAGAGAGAUUAUUUCAUCUUUGAGAAACCAAAAUAGAUGAAGAGUUUUAUGAUAAUCAAAAAGUUUCAUGUUUGUUCAGUCAAAAAAAAUUUCCAUGUUUGCUUCAAGCUCUGUUUCAGACAUUUUUUUGGUCAACGUUUUAAACAUUCUUUGACUGAUCAAAUUUGUAUAAGUUAAACUUUAUACAAACUAGGUAAAGAAGCCAUGCUGUAACUCAUUUUCUAACAAAAAUAUGGAGACAUUUGCUAAAACCAACCCAAAUAUUCAAUUCAAACCUAAAAGUGUACCCUACUUUUAGUCAAAUGCAAAACUAACCUAAAGAGAUAGUGAAGGUACUUUUUAACUCUUAUGACCAAACAAAAAACCAAAAAUGUAUUUUACGUUUCUAUCCUUUGAAAGUCUACAAGUAAUAAAAGAAGUCUACAUAUAUAUAGACUUCAUACGAAGUCUACCUUAUAGACUUGUUUUGUAGUCUACACUCUAAUUUGAUCUAAUAAUUUAAUUUUGAAAAUGUAUAAAAAUAAUUAUUGUGAUAUUUUUAACUAAUCAUCAAUAUAAUGGAUAAUAUGAAGUAAAUAAAUUAAAAUUUCAUAUAAUCGAACAAUUUUGAAGAAUAUAUACUAAUUUGGUUAUCAUGUGUUAGACAAUGUUCAUAGUUUAGAAACAAAAGGUUCUAACAUGUUAU